CCCAGUUCUUUUUCAUCUUCUUCUUUCUUCCUUCUUUCUUAUUCUUGUCCUUAUCCUUAGUGCUGUUUCUACCACUACUAUUUCUAUUGAUAUUGCUAUCUUGACUCUAAAUAUAAACCAAGUAUGCCAUCCUCGAGUCGUGUUCCAACCUUCCCAACCUGGUUAUUGCGUCUAGUAGGCGGAACCUCAUUUGUUGCACUUAUAAGCCUCGCUCUCUAUUGGUACAGACGUUUUCCCCCCGGUGGACGACGAGCACUUGCCAAAGAUUCCUCUUCGGCUUCAUCAUCAUCAUCAUCUUUGGAAAAGUCAGCAUUACGAAGAACAAGCAGUAGCCGAAGCAGUCUAUCCGAUGAAGGGAACGCCAACCCUCCUUGUGAGAACACAUCUGCAGGGUGGGGAUCACGUUUGCUAGGCAAUGUCCGAUCGGUAGCAAGGAUAGGCAAGACAAAGAAGAAGAUUACAUUGUCACUGAAGAAUACUAUUCUGUGGAACCCUUCACCAGACGUCAAUGUCCCCAACCACGCCUUUCAUGAAAACGGGGCAAUCUUAUUACUCAGAUUGGCACAGGCCAAUGAAGUUUAUCUCAUUAUUCACAUCCACUCUGAAGAUGAACGUCACCAGAUCCAAAAACUGCUUGAGAACGCCAGUCUCGUAGGUCCCCGGCUUAUUGACAGCCGCCGGAUCCUCUAUUGUUCCACUGAACAAGGCAAGAUCCAUCUCAUCCGCCACAUUGAGCCGGCUAUCCAUAUCGAAGGAGGCUGGGAGCUGGAUGAUGGUGAAGACAUUGUCCGCAAAGUCCGUCCUUUUGUGAAUAAGCUUAUUUGGGUUGUGACCAGACGUCGGCGCACCUCUUUCAACCAGUCAAAACUAAAGGAGUCUGAUGAAGGUGUGAUGGGACACAAUGUCGAACUGACCGAUAAGCUGUCAGAUACAUCACUAGCACAAGAGGUAGGUAUCCUCUUUGACUAAAGCAAGAAUAUAUGAAUCGCGCAAAAUACACAAAAUAUAUCUUUGAUGUACAUCAAACAACACCACCAAGCAUCACCAAGCACCAACAACGACAAAGACAAAAACAAAGACAAAGAGACUCUCAAAAGAAGUAUUUGUUAUAUACAACUACCUCCUUCCUUUUAUUCUUUACAUUUAUCUUUUGCCUUUGGGUGUCAUUGCUUCAGUGUUGCGUGUGUCAUUGGCUUACAAAGUAAUAUUCCCCUCCCCUUUUUUUUUUACUUCAACUUCCUUUCCUGUUGCUAAGAAUCUGUUCUUUCUUUGUGGACGAACAAUAAGAAGCGUUCUUUGUAAAUUAUAUACACUCUACAAUAUACAAUACACAUUAAACAUCA